AUGGCAGUCCCGCGCCUUCGCCUUAGAAUUGCUGUAGUCCAGUUCAACCCGAAGAUUGGACAAGUUCAAGCCAAUUUGGCCAAAGCGAGAGGUCUAUGCCGCAAACUCCUGCCACGAUCCGUUGAUCUUCUGUGUUUUCCUGAGAUGGCAUUCACAGGAUACGUUUUCGAGAACGCCGCUGCCAUAUCACCCCAUCUGGAACGUCCCCGAACGGGCGCUACAUCUCUGUUCUGCGCAGAGCUGGCGCAGAAGUUACAGUGCUAUGUCAUUGCAGGGUACCCCGAGGAGCUAGCCUCGGACGAACCCAGAUUGAACGAAGAGAUUGUGGAUGGUCCGGCGCAGGAUAACGCAGAAGGCAGCGCUUCCUCGGAGGUCCACCAGGUAGGGGCUAAUAGCGCGAUCAUGUACGGUCCAAAUGGGCAGUGGGUCGGAGGUUAUCGAAAAACAAACCUUUUUGAAACGGAUAAACCGUGGGCCAAGGCUGGGACUGGCUUUGCGACAUUCGAUUUACCGCCCCCGCUUGGAACAAUGAGCUUAGCGAUAUGUAUGGACCUCAAUCCCCACCCUCCCAAUGAAUGGACGUCCAUUGAGGGCCCAUACGAACUUGCAGACUAUUGCUUGUCGAAACGAGCAAAUGUAUUGAUAUUACUUGAUGCAUGGCUCGAUUCUGGCAAUGAACCGGACGAUAAACAUGAUUGGCAUACGUUGAGAUACUGGUCUGCACGGCUAAGACCUUUGUGGGCAAGCGACGAGAAUACCUUGGUCGAUUCGGAUGGUGAAGACCGGGAGGAGACGCUGGACAAACCUGACGCGCAAGAUGCCCCAAGCGAUGAGAUGAUAGUUGUUGCUUGUAAUAGAUGUGGGGAAGAGAAUGGAAAAUUAUUCGCGGGGACUUCGGCCAUAUUCAGCAUGGUAAAAGGUUCCGGCCGUCCCAAAUUACUUGACAUGAUGGAGAGGGACGAAGAGGGCGUUCGCAUAUGGGAUAUAAAUGUAUAA